UUUAGACAAUUGCAAAUUUCAAGGAGCGUAAUUUGCGGAUGUGUCUAUCUAUACCUAAUACUACAUUAUUGAAAUGUCACGUCAUCCUCAGUGGCUGACACUAAAUGUAUCAUAUUCAUUAAAUCGGGAGAGAGCGGGUACUCUGAGUCUGUAUCCAUUACUAGAGGAUUCCUGUCUGCCAGAGUUAUGUAACCUAUGUCUAUGACCUUGAGUUUUAAUCAAAAUUCUGGGCCUCUCCUGGUUUUAAGCCAUUUGGAAGCUAUUCUGGAGAGGUAUAGGCAUGGAGAUUUGUUGCUGGGUUAUACCUGUUGCUUUGCUCCUAUCACUAGACUUGGUUGCAGCCCAUAUCCAUGGUAACCCUGCUGAUGAGCUAGUUGAUAUGAUUAACAAGAACAGAAGUUCCCACAUCAAAUCACCAUCGUCACAGCUGUAUGACAAUCCAGGGCUGGCAUGCAUGGCAUUACAGUACAUCGAUACAUACAAUGGAAAGUGCGAUGAAGGGAAGAAGCCUCCAGAAGUGGAUAUUACAGAAGUGUUUGCUCCAGAUUGUGGGGUAGAGUUGGCCACAGUGCAAACCAUAUCAGGCAGGCUGUUGGCCUGUCAGCUACAUUAUGCAGAGCCUGCUCAAGCGUUUUCUCAGCUUCUGAUUGAAAGCAAAAAGAGCCUGUCCAUUUUGUAUGAUGGCAACCACACAGAGGUUGGGGUGGGUGUGAGUGGGACCAAUGGUGGUGGGCCCUACUUUUGGUGUGCCCUGUUUGGCAGUGGACAAACUAAUUCUACCUUUGAGCUUGAAGGAGGCAAGGCCUUAAAACAGAGUCAAGGUUGUUUCAGUGGAUCUGAUGCCCCUUGUGCUGUUUCUGCCGCUGCCUUAACCUCUGCAACAUCUUUCUUUCUUCAAUUCCUCUCUUCUCUUUCUCUUCUUCUGGUUAUUUCCCUGUCUUCAACAAGAUGAUGCACAGACCCAGAUGAUUAUUCCCCUGCUACCCGCCCUUUGUUUUUUCUUGAUAUUUACAGCUUUCUCUGCGCAGUUGUGUAACACAUUGAUAGUCCCAUCAGCCAUUUUAAGGGUUUUGGGAAAAUUUACAAAGAAAGAAAAUUUAUAUGAAGAUCCUAUGCUCUGAGAAAUAUAAAACAAUGGAAGGAAAGCAGCGAAAAGAAAGUUGAAAAAUAGAUUGUUGCAGAGUGGUGAUGGUGUGCUGUAGAAUACAUGGGUUUUCGCCAUCCGACUCAAUGGAGAGGGGACCACUGUUUAACAAAUUUUCAACUAGGCAGUACGUUUUUCCGGAUUGCUAAGUGAUAUGAAUUGACGAUCCUUUUCAAAAAAUAAACAAAUAGAACUAGUUUAUUCUAUUUGUUGAGAUUAGAAAUAGCAGAGAUUUAUAUUGUGAAAAUUGGUAAAGAGGAUAUUAUGAUGCCCGCAUUGUAUGAUUUAAUUUUGGGAUUUUGCUAUUAGAUUUAAGGAUGUGAAGCUUGGACAAAUGAUGAAGGAUUUUCGUUCUGUUCGAGCACCUAUGUCUCUGCUUUGUGUCUGUAGUUUUGAUCUUUUUGUUGUAUUGACCUUGUUCUACAAUCUUAAACUUUUCAUUCUCGUUCCUGUU